AUGAACGCUUCAGAGGAAUAUUUCCAGCCUGUCUCGAAGAAUACUAAACCCAAAGUCAGAAACCCUUCAACUGUUUCGAAAAAAGGAAAUGUCGAGAAUCCUACUGCUCCAGUCGAAAUGACUUUCACCCCUUCCAAAUCAGGUGGUUCAAGCCCCGGAAGCAGCUCUUUUGCAUCUCGACCCUCCGCGAAAUUUUCCUACGGCGACUUUCGAAAUACACCAAGACACAGCAUUCUUGAUAUGAAAGCGGAUGUUAUGUGUGCUAUGACAGUCAACACACGGAUCAUCAGAAUCUUCCUUUCAAAAAACACCGAGAAUUACGUACCACUUGGUGAUAGACUUCGUCUUCAGGUACUACCUUCAGCGGAACAUCUUCACCGAUGUCAGAAACAUCAUUUUGGGGCCUUUAUCGCCGACCAAAAGAUACUUGUUGUCUGGGAUGACGAACCUCAGAAUAUCUUCAACCGAGCGGAGAAGAUUGAAAACUCGCUCAUACAUAUGAUUUGGGAAGGUUCGAAUCACGUAUAUGACGAAAAGAAAACAAGUAUUCAGGUCUCAACAACGGAGCUAUCAAACGUAAAGAUAAUCCCAAGUCAGCUAGAGGAAGCUCUGACAGCAGUAGACCGUCCUACUGUGCUCAUUACUCCCAUAACGGUUGGCCUUACUUUAGCUUUACUGAUGACUGCUCUGGGUUUAGGGUGGAGGAAGUUGGCACAACAAAUUGCGAUUGAUGGAAAUUACACCCAUUUGGCACUACUCGUUGUCACUCCAUUCUACUCUGGCAAGGGCCCUCUUCGGCUCGAUCGCAACUUGACACUCCUUCCUCACGUCACAAUCCAGAUGCCUGUCUACAAGGAGCGUUUGACCGCAGUCAUCAAGCCAACUAUAAUGUCUCUCAAAGCGGCAAUUUCAACUUACGAGCUGCAGGGAGGGACAGCUAACAUCUUUGUCAACGACGACGGAUUACAGCUUCUUUCUCAAGAUGAGGCCCAGCAACGCCGGGAUUUCUAUGAGGAACAUAAUAUUGGAUGGGUAGCGAGACCUAAACACAACCCCAAGCCAGAAGGCGACGAUAAUGCUUUCGUAAGGAGAGGAAAGUUCAAGAAGGCAUCAAACAUGAAUUAUGCUUUGAUGAUUAGCAACAAGGUUGAGGAUAAGCUCCUGCUCUUGGAGCGCUUUCAAGGUUGGACUCAAGAUCAUGAAUACGCUGCGUACGAAAGGUGUCUAGCAGAGGCUCUACACGAAGAAGACGGCCGCGCUUGGGCUGAUGGCAACAUCCGCGUUGGAGACUACAUCUUGUUGAUAAAUUCCGACACUCGAGUCCCAGCCGAUUGCUUACUGGACGCCGGAAGUGAGAUGGAGAAAUCUCCCGAAAUCGGAAUCUUGCAAUACUCUUCAGGUGUCAUGCAAGUUACUAACAAUUUCUUUGAGAAUGGGGUCACUUUUUUCACGAAUCUCAUUUACACGGCUAUUCGAUACGGUGUUGCGAACGGUGAUGUCGUCUCGUAUGAAGAUGAGGACGGAUAUGAUAAGUUCUGGUCAGAGUCCCACGUCUCUGAAGACUUCGACAUGUCACUUCGCUUGCAGAUUUCUGGUUAUAUUAUUCGCUUAGCAGCAUAUACUGGGGAUGGCUUCAAAGAGGGUGUCUCGCUCACGGUAUAUGAUGAAAUAGCCCGAUGGGAGAAAUAUGCUUUUGGGUGUAAUGAGCUUCUGUUUCACCCCUUUAGAUUAUGGGUAACUCGUGGGCCAUUUACGCCUCUAUUCCGGAAAUUAUUGACUUCGAACAUCCCUCUGACGUCUAAAAUCACUAUCAUGUCGUACAUCGGAACCUACUACGCUAUUGGUGCGGCUUGGAUCCUCACUUUGUUCAACUACUUCCUAAUUGGCUGGUUCAACGGAAACCUAGAUCAUUACCUCCUUGAUUCUUUCAGGGUCUACUUCUCCCUGAUCCUCGUCUUUAGUGGGCUGGGAAACGUCGCAUUGGCAGUUCUUCGAUAUAGGCUUUCAGAGAAAAUUUUGCUAGGAGCUUUGUGGGAAAACUUCAAAUGGGUGCCCCUCCUUAGCGUUUUCCUAGGUGGUAUUUCUCUCCAUUUAUCGCAAGCGCUCCUGUCCCACUUCUUUGAAAUCGAGAUGAGCUGGGAAGCGACGGCCAAAGAGGCGGAAAACACAUCAUUCUUCGAAGAAGUGCCGCGGCUACUUAAGCGCUUUAAGUUCACGUUUAUAUUUUCCAUCGCCUGUUCCGCGCUCAUGAUCGCUGGGAAGUUCGCCUUCCCGUGGAAUUGGGAGAUUGGGACUUUUCAGGCUAUUUACCCCUUGGCUGCGAUUGUGGUUUCGCAUUUUGUUGUGCCGAUUGCACUUAAUCCAGAAUUUGAUGAUGUUUACGUGCUGGAAAUUAGUAAUAGAUUUUUAGAUCCUUUUACCACGCAUAAGCGUCCUCUCAACUCUGAGUGGGUAUGA